UGACACGGAAUAGGGAAUGCUCUUGUUUCGGGGUUCGUGAUGAAAGUGGACAAUACACGGGUCUUCACGGAAUCGUCUACAGUCUUACAACCACAUUUUAAGCAGUGUUGAUAAUGAUCCGAAUCCUGUGCAGAUAUCACCCGACUCCGAAUGUGGUCCAAUACUCUGCAUGGCGGUCUUGACGGUAAGUAGUGAUGGGAUUUAUACCAUUAAGGAGUUUUCUCUAUAACGGUCGUUAGGAACGCCGGGGACAAAAAAGGUGAUACUGGGCGCUGUAGACCUCGCGAAGUUUUUUUCCGAGUACGGCCUGUCUCGUCAGCGUUCCAGGCGUAAACGAAGGACCCCCUAACUUAAAACAAUAAGGAGAGUCAAGUAGGUACAAACCGCACAUGGAUUAAUUGUGUCCAUAUGUGCAUCUAAGCCGACAAAAUAUAGACUGUAACUUUCCGGCUAAACAUCCCUUUGCUUUGAAGCACGCUUCGCCGUUAUAGUGACCUCCAAGUACCACAAGACACGCGACAUAUUCAUUAUACCGGAACAUUAGACCGAACCUGCGAUAGAUACGUAUCGUGGAUGAGCGUACAUUAGCGCCUGAAUGUCCACCAAACAUGCGAAUUUUAGGUUUCCCAUGAAAUCUAUUUGGAAGAUCAAGCAGAGAAAAAGCAGCUGCACACGACUAAUGCUGGCUGUCGUUUCUCGUGUAGCAAGGAAAUCCGAAUUACCGUGUCUACACCAGCCCAAAGCUGGGCUUACCCAGCUCACUGUGCCUCGUCCCCCCGGGGCGAAAUACUCCGCGUUGCCGUGAGAUGUAUCCACAGUCAACAGGGUGAGGAUAUGAGGCAAAUGCAGGUCGAGAUUUGUGGCAUCCGCGGUUUCUGAGAAUGGGUGUCUCGUCAGCUUCUCAUCGCACUCGAAGGAAAUGGCCCCCGUUUUUCUAUACUCAGUUUUUCAAGGGUGAAAGCGCGCUCCAUCCUACUCUGAAGCGUGCCAAUACCACAGGUAAAUCGAGGCAGGAUCAGGCCACCGAGUCCACUGAUGAUGGGGUAUGAGGAAAUAGGCGACCGCACUGUUGCUCGAGAAAACGAUUUCCGAGACCAUCAGAAAGACCGGUAGCGAAAGCUACCAUAUCCCCCUUACCAAGUCGAAAUUAGAAACAUAAAGACCAGGGUCAGACCGGAAUCGUGUUCGAGAAGACGACGCGAGUUGAAAGCGCUCUGCAGUGACCCCCAGGGAACAACUGCAUGCGUCGUGCUUUCACUUUCGCUUCCCCAAUGUACGGGCCGUGCCACCGGUCGGGAAACAGAUUGUUGAGAAUGUCGCUCCGUCUUCGCAUCCCAAAACCGGCUGGCCUUCAGUCUCUCAUUCUCCUUGACUGGAGAGCGGUAUGAUGCGUUCCCCCUUUAUUUCGGGGGCACAGCGUGUGUUGUUGUUCCCCGUGAGCAUAUGGAGUUUCUUGGAACGUGAAACCGGGGCCUAACAGCUGCGGCGGACGGCUAUUCCCUCACUCACGCACCGAAAGAUUCCCCCGUCUUCUUUCCCUCUCCUUUCCAACGCGGGAAAGUCACAGUCUGCAUACUGGUUUGCCGUCUCAUUCCACUCGGUCCCACUGGGACCCGCCCUGCCGCUUUGCAUGCUCCUUUCCGAUUUCAUGUACCCUUGGGAGGCAAUUUUCCCACCGUUUACGCCUUUUUACGCCGAUUUGUAGGAUCUCUGGCCCUACAAAGGUUUUAGCGUUGGCUUCGUUUUACGUAUCACCCGGCGUCUGGAAGCUCUGCAGCCUUGCCAGGAAACUUCGGCCGGUCGUUGCGUUGUCACUGGGAUCGCGGCCUUGACCGCCACCAUUGUCUGUCUCGUCUUUUUUUCCCUGGAAAAAGUGCUUUCCUCCUGUCUGCCGCGCUUUGCGACUCUUCUGGACGACUUCGCAUGGCUACCGACUUGUUUGCGGGUCUCCCCGAAGUUCAGGAGUUUUGUGCAGCACCAGGGUUUCACAGACUCUGCCCCACUGCCCCUUCAUCGGGGCUGCCUCAUUCUCCAAAAAAGUAACCCGGAUGAUUCAUGCGUUUCCUUUGCUUUACUCGCCCGUUUCGCGUGCGUGCUUCUUGUGUCGUCGUGAAGCCGCUGGCUGCGAGUGUUUAUACACCCGGCGGAUGCGCGCGGAGUCCGUGGUUCUCCGCACGUGCGGUAUCGUCUGCGCGUCAUUAUACACUUUCUCCUUUAAUAUUCAAUUUUUUCUCGGCUAAGUUUCGGAUUUUCUGUGCCCUUCGUAUACUCGUUUCAUCUCCUUGCGGGUCUCCCCAUCCGUGGUUCUCCAGUCACCGCCAUGUCGUCUUUGUCGUCGUCCGCGGCGCUGUACUCGUCGGCGCCGCUGAAGCGGGUGGACCAGCUCCAGUUCGGCGUGUUUUCGUCGGAGCAGCUUCGCAAGAUGUCUGUGUGCGAAGUGACGACGUCCGAGCUGUACGAACACGGCAUGCCGAAGGCCAACGGCCUGAAUGACUUGCGUCUCGGCACGCUCGACUACCGCCAGCAGUGCCGGACCUGCAACAUGGACGUGAAGAACUGUCCGGGGCAUUUCGGCCACCUGAACCUCGUGAAGCCGGUCUACCACUACGGUUUCCUCGGCGCGGUUCUCCGCGUCCUGCGCUGUGUCUGCUACGCCUGCGGCAAGCUCCUCGUAGACCGACGUGACCCGAAGAUGCAACACAUCUUGAAGAUCCGCUCACCGUCUCGUCGGCUGAAGCACGUCCUCGACGCCUGCGCCGGCCGAAAAAGGUGCGAGGGUUACCUGCCGCUGCCCGCGGACGGCAUGCCUGUGCCGCUUGCAGAGGAGGGCGAGGGGGGCUGCGGCUGUGUCCAGCCGCGCUACUUUAAAGAGGGUCCAAACAUCAUGGUCCUCUUUCCGGAUAACCGCGAGGAAGGCGACGAGGAUGUCACCGAGGACAUCAGGCGCAUCUUCGCGGCGGAGGAGGCGUACGCGGUGCUCCGCCGCAUUUCUGAAGAGGACCUCAAGAUGAUGGGCUUCGACCCCGAGAGAGCGCACCCUGCGUCGUUCAUACUCUCCACCCUGCCCAUCCCGCCGCUCGCUGUGCGGCCUUCCGUGCAGUACGGCAGCGCGCGAAGCGAAGACGACUUGACGCUGAAGCUCGUCGACAUCGUCAAAACCAACUUGUCGCUCAAGAGACAGGGGGACAGCGUCCCCGGCGCCGUCCUCCAAGAAAUGGUCAUGCUUCUCCAGUACCACGUCACCACGCUUUUCGACAACGACAUUCCAGGCAUGCCUGUUGCCACCACCAGGGGAAAGAAACCGAUUAAGUCCAUUCGCGCCCGGCUAAAGGGCAAAGAAGGACGACUUCGUGGAAACCUCAUGGGAAAGCGUGUCGAUUUUUCGGCGCGUACUGUCAUCACGGGUGACCCCAUGCUUCCGAUCGACACUGUGGGCGUGCCCAAGAGCAUUGCCAUGACUCUUACCUAUCCCGAGUUCGUCACACCGCUCAACAUCGGCCAGCUGAGACAACUUGUGAAAACCGGCCCUUUUGACUGGCCGGGGGCGAAAUACGUCAUUCGAGAUGACGGCAGCAGAUUUGAUUUGCGCCACGCGAAGAAGGGCGGCGAAGUCGUCUUGGAGGUUGGCUACCGUGUCGAGCGCCACAUGCGGGAUGGAGACUUUGUGCUGUUCAAUCGACAGCCGUCGCUUCACAAAAUGUCGAUCAUGGGCCACCAGGUGAAGAUUCUUCCGUACUCGACCUUUCGUCUCAACCUGUCUGUCACGUCUCCCUACAACGCCGACUUCGAUGGAGAUGAAAUGAACUUGCACUUAGCGCAGAGCGAAGAAACGCGCGCCGAAAUCAAGCACUUGAUGAAGGUUCCGAAACAGAUCGUUUCGCCGCAGGGAAACAAGCCCGUCAUGGGGAUUGUGCAGGACUCGUUGUUGGCUGUAAGCAAGUUUACGCGUCGAGACACGUUCUUGACGAAGCCGAUGGUGUACAACCUUCUGCUCCAGAUUCCGUACUGGAGCGGCGUGGUCCCGCCUCCAGCAAUUCUGCACCCCGUGCCGCUGUGGACUGGCAAGCAGUUGUUUUCUCUGCUGCUGUUCUUCGACUCGUCUGUGUCGGGCGGGAACACGAAAACGCGCAUCAACAUGCAGCGCGAUGUGGGUGCGGGUUUGGUGGACCGGAAGAAAGAGAACUUGUUUUUGAGUGAACGCGACGAGCGCGUGAUCAUUCGCCAGGGCGAGUUGCUCGCGGGGAAGAUCUGCAAAAAGAUCGUCGGCUCGGCCAGCGGCUCUCUCAUCCACCUACUCUGGCUCGAGGCGGGCCCUGAGAGGACGAAGGACUUCCUCUCGACGCUCCAGAAGCUGACCAACUACUGGCUGCUUCAUCAAGGCUUCACCGUGGGGUGCAAAGACAUCAUUGCAAAUGAGGAGACAAACGAGAAGGUGCGAGACAUAUUGGACCAGGCCAAGAAGGAAGUCGACAAACUGAUUCGCCUCGCCCACCGCGGCCGCCUCGAGUCUCAGCCUGGAAAAAGCUUGCGCGAAAGUUUCGAGGCGAGAGUGAACAAGGAACUGAACAGCGCGCGCGAACGCAGUGGAAAAGUCGCUGCAGAAAGCCUCGACGAGUCCAACAACAUCAUGGCGAUGGUGCUCGCUGGAUCGAAAGGAAGCACCAUCAACAUUUCGCAGAUCAUGGCUUGUGUCGGCCAGCAGAACGUGGAGGGGAAGCGAAUUCCCUUCGGCUUCAAUGAACGUUCUCUGCCACACUUCCACAAAUUCGAUUACUCCCCCCAAAGUCGCGGCUUCGUCGAAAACAGCUACCUCUCUGGACUAGAGCCUCAUGAACUCUUCUUCCACGCUAUGGGUGGUCGCGAAGGUAUCAUCGAUACAGCCUGCAAAACGUCCGAGACAGGGUACAUUCAGCGUCGGUUGAUGAAGGCGAUGGAAGACGUAAUGGUUUACUACGACCGAACAGUGCGGAAUUCGAUUUGCGAAGUGCUUCAGUUCCUGUACGGAGAAGACGGGAUGAGUGGCGAAUUCGUGGAGGACCAGACGGUCGAGUUGAUGACGCUCGACAACGAGAAGCUGAAGCGGCUGUACAGACAUGACGUCGACCAGGAGAGCUACGGGAAAGGGUGGCUGUCUGACGAGUUGCGAAACGAGAUUUUGACGGAUUACGAGUUGCAGCAACCUCUCGAGGAAGAGUUCGAAGCCAUCCGCGAGGACAAGAACCGUCUGUGUCGUCACAUCUUCAAGGACGGGGAGACCAAACAACACAUUCCGAUCAACAUUCUCCGCCUCCUCGAGUUUGCGAAGGCGCAGUUUCCUAGCGGGGACAGCUCGAGGAAGCAGAGCCCGAUUGAGAUCGCCCGCAAAGUGAAUGAACUGUUGAAUGAGAAACUCGUAGUGGUUAAGCAGACGACGAACGCAGACGCCAUCUCCGCAGAAGUUCAGGAAAAUGCCACCAUCUUCAUGAAGGCGCACUUGAGGACUGUCCUCAACUCCCGGCGGCUCCUCGAAAGAGAGUGCAUCGGUCCGAAGGCUCUUCAGUGGCUGCUCGGAGAAGUCGAACGCCAUUUCCACCGGGCGCUGGCGCAUGCAGGCGAGUGCGUCGGCGCCAUUGCAGCACAGUCUAUCGGAGAACCUGCGACGCAGAUGACUCUCAACACUUUCCACUUUGCCGGUGUCGGAAGCAAAAACGUGACGCUCGGUGUGCCGCGCCUCAAGGAGUUGAUCAAUGUCGCGAAGCAGGUCAAGACGCCGUCGCUUACGGUGUAUCUACAAGACGAAAUCGCGAUGGAUCAAGAACGAGCGAAAGACGUCCAGACGCACUUGGAGCACACGACGUUGGACCGCGUGACGGUCGUGUCUCAAGUGAUCUACGACCCAGAUCCCACGGAUACGAUUAUUCCGCAAGAUAGACAGUGGGUGCGGGACUACUACGAGUUUCCGGACGACGACGAACUGCCCAGCAACUUAGGCCGGUGGCUGCUGCGCAUUCAGAUGGCGAGCAAAGUGAUGAUCGACAAGAAGCUGACCAUGAAGGAGAUCGGCGAGAAGAUCUAUGCGGAGUUCCCCAACGAAGAACUCGACUGCAUCUGGACAGACGACAACAGCGACGACCUCGUUCUCCGCAUCCGGCUGAAGCAGCAGCCUGGCGAGGGCGAAGAUGAAGACAAAGACGAAGACGACGUUGCCGAAGCAGGCGACCGCUUUCUGCAGAAACUGAUGGUUCAAUGUCUCGCGGGAAUCACGCUGAGAGGCAUCACCAACAUCUCCAAAGUCUACAUGCGCGAGGAGGCGCGAACUAUCUACAACAAUCAGCUCGGCAAAUUCGAGCGUACAAACAACUGGGUGCUGGACACGGACGGCUGCAACUUGGAAGACGUCUUGCCGAUUCCAAUGGUGGACGACACGCGCACAACAUCGAACGACAUGACCGAGAUUUUUCAUGUCUUAGGAAUCGAAGCGGUGCGUCGCGCUCUUCUCCGAGAGCUGCGUGCAGUCAUUUCCUUCGACGGGAGCUACGUGAACUACCGCCAUCUAGCGAUUCUCUGCGACACCAUGACCCAGAAGGGUUACCUGAUGAGCAUCACGCGUCACGGGAUCAACCGCAUCGACAAAGGCCCGCUGAUGAAGUGUAGCUUCGAGGAAACAGUCGAGAUUCUCAUGGAGGCGGCGGUUUUUGCGGAGGCCGAUCACCUCCGGGGCGUGACGGAGAACAUCAUGAUGGGGCAGCUGUGCCCUCUAGGCACUGGCUACUUUGACGUGUUGAUCGACGAAGAGAAGCUGAAGGAUGCGUCGCACAAUUUGGACGGACUGGGGGGCGCUGGCGAGUUCGACGGCGGGGUGGGGACCUCGCCCACGUCUUCGGAUCCACUGGUGAUCACGCCUGACGGGUCGUUCACGCCGUCGCCGCACCUGAACUCGGUGUUCUCGCCUAUGCCCUUCUCCACCGUAUACUCAUCUUUUGCGGCGAGUCCUGCGAACCCUCUGUCUCCCACGACGCUCGGAACGAACGCGGGUGUAGAUACACAGCAACUGGGUGGGAAGUUCUCUCCGACGCAACAAACGCCGCGGUCGCCGACUUCUCCCCUGUCGCCUCUGUCGUGUUUCUCGCCGCGAAAUCCCCUCAGUCCUCUCUCGCCCUCCGGACCUCCCGGUGGGGUCUUCUCCCCGACGUCUCCGAUCCUCGGGAGCGCCCUCGAGACGUCCUCCCCGUCGUACUCGCCGUCGUCUCCCCAGUCAGCGUACUUCCAGAACGACGGAAGCUCGAGCGCCGUGGACAUGGUCAUUUCUCCCGGCGGUGUCGGCUCGGACGGCAGAGGCCGCGGCGGAUCCUACUCGCCGACGUCGCCCACUCUCUCUCCGUCCUACUCGCCUUCUGCCCCUCCGAGUUACUCGCCCACGUCUCCCGCCUACUCACCCACAUCGGCGCUGAGCAUCGCCUCGCCUGUCCCGGGAGUCGGCGGAGACGGUCGCACGCCUCUCAGUCCUUUCUCGCCCAGCAACAAUCCGAUGUCUCCCCACUUUUCAGCCUCUACGUCCUACUCGCCGACGUCGCCCGUUCAACAGAGCAACCCCACUUCUCCCACUUCUCCGUAUUCUCCCGCCUACUCCCCCACUUCGCCGCGCUACUCGCCCACCUCCCCCAUGUACUCCCCGACCUUCGCGCCGUACUCCCCGCAGAGCCCGAGCUACGGGGCUGGACAAGGACCUCUCUCGCCCAGCUUCACCGUCCAGUCUCCUCGCUAUUCGCCGUCUUCCCCGGCUGCGUACUCGCCGACCUCUCCCAUGCCAAACGUUGCCGGUUCGCCUUCUUAUGAAGAUUCACAUGCGCCUGGGGGAGACACGUACUCUCCAACGUCGCCCAUGUAUGAAGCAAAUGAUCCCUUCUCGCCAGAUCCGUUUGCCGCCGAGGUUGUCGACGAAGUGGGAGAUGUCGCUGCUCUGGAAAGUCCGACAGAAGAUACACUCGGCCCCAACCAAGGUCGUGGCGGAUCAGCGUAGCGUUGCAAAAUAGGCAGAAAGAUAGACAGUGAUACGGGUGUGUCACUGGAAACAAGCACGUUGAAUUUUUAUCGGACCACGGUGCAGAUGUAAAAUGCCGCUUGGGUGUGGGUCGGCCUGUGGCACGGGGUGUGAGGUUGAGUUCUGCUGUCAAUGAGCGUAGGAGGGUUGGACAAAGAAGUGGAAAAUCGCCUUUACGUCUGACUAUAAAUCAGUUCCUGGUGAAUGUCCAACGUGGCAGCUUUGCUUCAUGCGUGCAAAACGGUUCUCUCGAAGAUGUCUGCGAAUGUCUCACGCGUUCGAUCCACGGACGCAGUUAAAACUCUACCGGCACAACCUUGACAAAGCCUUUAGGCGAGGACAGC